UCAAAGGUCAGUAAAUAGUGGUGACGUCAGGCGUCCAAAAUGGCGGAAGGGGAAGAUGGAGGCUGGUGGAGAAGCUGGUUGCAGCAAAGCUACCAGACUGUCAAAGAGAAGUCCACGGAAGCAUUGGAGUUCAUGAAGCGGGACCUGACUGAGUUCACCCAGGUGGUGCAGCAUGAUACAGCAUGCACCAUUGCUGCCACGGCCAGCGUGGUCAAGGAGAAGCUGGUUACGGAAGGCUCCUCGGGCACGACUGAGAAAGUGAAGAAAGGACUCGCUGACUUCCUGGGUGUCAUCUCAGACACGUUCGCUCCUUCGCCAGAUAAGACCAUCGACUGCGAUGUUAUAACGCUGAUGGCAACACCCUCUGGUACUACAGAACCGUACGACAGCACCAAGGCUCGUCUCUACACCCUGCAGUCAGACCCAGCAACCUACUGCAACGAACCGGAUGGCCCCAUUGAGCUCUUUGAGUCCUGGCUCUCGCAGUUUAACCUAGAGGAGAAGAAAGGGGAGAUCUCGGAGCUGCUGGUGACCAGCCCCUCCAUCCGGGCUCUCUACACCAAGAUGGUCCCAGUGGCUGUUUCCCAUUCCGAAUUCUGGCAGCGCUACUUCUAUAAAGUCCAUCACCUGGAGCAGGAGGAGGUUCGGAGGGAAGCUCUGAAGCAGAGGGCGGAGCAGAGCGUGCAUCACGAGGAGCCAGGCUGGGAAGAGGAAGAGGAGGAAUUUUUGGGGAUGUCACCCCAACCUUGUGUGAAUUUGAAAUCUCUAGAAGAGGGAAAGCAAACAACAUCUGUCCCUGCAGCAGCUGCUCCCCUGACCCUGGAGGGAAGUCCCAUCCCCAGCAUAAAGGAGCCAGCAGAGGAAAGCUGGUCUGGUCUUGCUGCAGUCCCAGCCCCGGCCCAGGUGACCCCGUCUGAGAGCAGCGAGAGUGUCUCCCUUGUGACUCAGAUUGCAAACCCUGCCUCUGUGCCUGAUGCACGGUUACAGACUGGAGCUCAGCUGUCUGGGGCCAGGGACCUCUCCCAAAGGUUACUGGAAGCUACUUCUGAAGAGCAGGGCUCCCAGCCAAAACCAGCAGAGUCUGCACAUCCUCCUACAACCACUCAGAAGCUGGCAGUAUCUUCAGAGCAACUGGGCUCUGUGGGGCUCAAGGAACAGGCAGAGAGCAAGCCAACGGGCCAGACAGAGACUCUGAAAGAGGACGGGCUGACAGAUUUACGAGUCUUUGAGCUGAACUCAGACAGCGGGAAAUCCACUCCCUCCAACAAUGGGAAGAAAGGCUCCAGCACCGAUAUCAGUGAGGACUGGGAGAAAGACUUUGAUUUGGACAUGACAGAAGAAGAAGUGCAGCUGGCGCUCUCGAAGGUGGAGGUGUCCGGAGAGGUAAGAGACACGGCGAGUUGGGUGUGGCAGCGCUAACUUAGCAGAAGGUCCCUCCCAGGACAGACUCCACCAUGCACUGUUGUUUUCAGUGGCUUCUCAUUGCACCUGUGCAUGAGCACAACCACUGUUGGGAGCUUCCGGCCUGGGUCAGCCGCCAACUCCUGUCAUGGAGCUGAGUGGAGAGUGAUCCAGCGUGUUGGGACUAAGGGGAAAUCCCUGGGCUCCAGAACAACCCCCAUCCUCUCUGCAGACAGCAAGGCAGUGUAGCACAAUGUGCUUUAGAGAGAUACGGGGUUUGCUGCUUUCCUUGCCUCUCCUCACAACGAGAAGCUGGGCUGGGCAGCCAGCUAGCAGCUGAAUAACCAGAAUUCUCCGCUCUCCAGCAGUGGGGACCCAGGGCACAAUAGAACAGCCUUGCAGGAGCCAGAUGUGGAUCUGGGCUCUUGCCUACAAAAGUCAUGGAGGGACUAGCUAGAGAGAGGGAGGGGAUUAACCCUUUAAACCAGGGCUUUGGAGCUCUGCACUGGCUCCGCUCCAGGCAAAAACCUUCAGCUCCACUGCUCCGGAGCUGCUCCGCACUCCACCUCUGGGCUCCACUCCAAAACCCUGCUUUAAACACUACUGGGACGGUUACUGAGAAAGGAACACUUGUUUCCCAGAAAGUGAAACUGGAGCAAUCAGGGUGUGUUCUGUGUCUGCCAGGCUUUGCACUGACUUGGUUGCCUCGUCUGGCCACUAAGGGCUAGUCCUACGUUACCGUGCUACAUCAGCGCAGCUGCAGCGCGUCUGGUGAAGACGCCCUUUGCCGACAGGAGAGCGCACUCACAUCAGCAUGAUGACUCAGCUUCCGCCUCUUGCUGAGGUGAUGUCGGCGGGAGAGCGUCUCCCACCAACGUAGCACUGGUGUGGACAGCGCUUAGUUCACUGUAACUUGUGUUGCGUCAGGGGGUGGCUUUUUCACACCCCUGAGUGACAUAAGUUACAAUGACUUCAGUGGUAGUGUAGACAAACUCUAAGUGUCCAGUGCUACCGAAAGCACCUGGGGGCAGAUGGCUGGUGUAUUAUCUAAACCGACUGAUAGAUGUCUCUCUCCUGUUUACAGCUGGAAGAUGAAGAGUGGGAGGACUGGGAAUAAGGCGAUUGCUUCCUCUGUGUGUGUCACAGGCUCAUUCCCACCAUCCAAUGUGAAUUAAAUCACAGAUCGACUAUUCCUUUCAUGUGUAACUGUGCUGGGGUUUUUGGUUCCGGGCUGGAGGAGUUCCAUCCCUGCUAAAUCCUAGGGGUAGCUCAAACUCAUGACCCAUUCAGAUGCUGGAAGAGGUGGUAGCGGGUGUUACACUAAUACGCAUAGGGGUACUAGGGAGGGGGGUGCAUCUUCUCACUAGGUCCUAGAGACCAGCAGGGUUGAAACUGCCUGCCCAGAUUGAGGCCUGGGGUGGGUGGCAGGUCAGGUGAGGCCCUGGGAUCGAACCGGGCAGAACACCUGGCAGGACUGGUCUGCAUUGGCAGGAUGUCAGUUUGCUGACUCUACUUGUGUGUGAAUAUAACCUACAAUACAGCAGUUUAGAAGGCUCGUCAGUGCGAAUUGUUCCUGUUCGCUCAUUACUUCAGACUCCAGGCCAGAUUAACUCUGAGAGCGACCCCCGAAGUGGGACUGACCAGAGGCUGGAGAUGCAGCACUGGAAGCCCCUUCGUAUUGCUACGCUUACCACUGUGAGGAACGGCAGUUGGCUGGAGGCUUUGAUCUAGAGCCAGGCUUCUCUAGAGGGAACUAUAUGUUGCCCUGCCUCUUCCUGAACCAUAGCCUGGCCUGUUGUCUUAGAAGCUGCUACAGAAAUCCCAGCACUUCCUUCUGUUUCCUUGGGAUGCAGCUUUUCAGUUGGAAACCCAAACUCCCAGCUGCGGGAGCCACAGCCAGCCUCCGAAGGGAGUCGUGUCACCCUCCCCUGCUUUGCUAUCUGCACUGCCUCUCUCUGCUUUGCUGGACGAUGAGCACUUUUAAUUGUCGUCCUUAAUUCCUCAGGCAAUGUCCUGAUGCUCGUAGUUUUCUCCUGAAUGGGCUUUUCUGAGCAGGCAGUGGACCUGGGUCAGACCCAGGGCAGAACUGCCCCAUCUGUGUGCACCAGCCACCCGGCUUGGUCACUUAAAAGACCCAGUGUAGGUACGGUGGCCACCACUUAAACAUUAGCCUUUGCCAGCAGGUCCCACCACUCUUUGCUGUUCUAUUUAAAGCGGGAGGCAAAAGCAUCUUGCACAACAGAUGCUACCUGGUGGCAGGGGCUGGUCACUGUAGCCAUUGACUUUGCUGCUUGAAUCCCCCUCCUGAAAUCCACCGCUCCCUUCCACCUCCUUGGCAGGACCUGCCUGUCCCCCACGCACUCCAAACAUUGCUAGAUCAUCUCUGCUUCUGUUCAGCUGAGCCCCCUGCAAGGCUCUGACUCUUUCUCCCACCCCUGUUGACUGCUGUAGACCCCCUUUCGGUCUGUCAUCUCUGUCCGUGGGGGGGUGUUCCCUUCUCUUUGUCCUUCUGAUCUGUCACAAAAUGCUGCUCCCCAGUGGAUGUCACCAGUACACAGUUAUCUUAAAGGGACAGCAUCUACCCCACUGUCUCUGGCCUUCAAACUAUUGGUUUUAUCCAUGGUUUCUUUAGGUCAUUCUGCUUCUUUAAGGGCCAAUUCACUGGGGCUGUGGGUUUCCCUAUUUUUAGACGGCACUAGCCUUCUGGGGUCUUGGAGUGUUAAUUUUCCCAUGGGGAGAUUCUCCAGUGGCAGCAGCAGCUGAUGUAGGUGCAUCGAAGGUGGCUGUGUCAUCCAGAUCCCUGUCUGAGAGCCUGUUUGUGCCACAAAGUCCACCAGGUCCAGGGACCAACCUACAGCAUGGCUCCAGCUUGUCAUUGUAGAAUUGAUCAACAGCAUCUCUGAGCCAUGCUACUGCCUAGCUCUGUCCUAGCGAUGCGGGUAAAGUGCAGUUAUGUCCCCUCUAUACUGAGAUGGAGCUAAGUCAGGAGACAUCCCUGUCGUAACUAGGUCCCCCAGUAUGGCUGGGCCCUUGGCCAGGAGACUGGUGGCUCUCUGGAAGUAUCUGAGACCAUGUCAUUUGCGCUUGGUGCUGCACCAAGCAAGGACCCCCCUGUAUAUACUCCUGUCCCAUUUAAAGGUGUGGUUCCUGGCUGGAAGCUCAUGUCCCAAGGUUGAAGCUGGGAGAAAGCGCGGAGCUUGCCUUUCUCUUUGUAACUCUUUCGUUAGUUAAUUAACCUCUUGGUUAUUUGUGCAAUAUUCUCUAUUUUAAAUUAUACUGCAUCUCCUGGGAGCAUUUUAUAGCUGGGGCAAAAGAAAGAUUCUAACAGCUGUUAGUUUUGUAAUGACAACUUUCUCCUGAACCUUUUACAGACUUGCAGUUAACAGAAAUUAAAGGAAUUCUACAGAAUCA